AUGCUGUUCCCAAAUCUGUUCAACAAGGGCCGUGUGAUCCCCGUCGUUCACGCAUUCCAAUUUUAUGAUAUUGAGGUCCGAGCUUCAGAGGAGGACGCUGACCCAGUCGCCGUCCGUGAUCUGAAGCCAGGUUGUAAAACCGGGUCAGCUCGAUUGUCGCUCGGACCCAAUUACCCUGGUCGACGCUUGCUGGCAUUCGACGGAAAGUUUGAAGUACCAACAUCUGUGACCCCUUGGCACCCGGCGUAA